UUAUUCAAACCACAUGAUGGUAGUGACCGCCGCAGGAUUGUGACAGCAGCCAAACUGUAUCAAUAAGCCGGUUAUUUGUUGUUUUGGUAAAUGUGUGUGUGUUUUGUUUUGGCGACAGUCAUUGCAACGUUCCAAUUUUCAUUAUUGCUCGAUACCACUCGUCGGGUCAGCCGAACACAAGCCGCCAAUAACAAUAUACAAACAUUAUACCUAUUAUACGUUUGAGACUUUCAGAACUAACCGCGUUCGACCAAUGUUCGCCCGUUUCGACAACCGUCGGUCGGUCUGUGGAAAUAAAAAAUCAUCGUUAUAAUAUAUUUUAUUAAUAAUAAUAAUAUUAUUUUAAUUAUGUAAAACUGAUUUAAAUAGUUUAAAUAGUUUACCGCGUCCGUAUUUAUGUAUAUGUGUGUAUGUGCGCGCGCGCGUCACAAACCGACCGUCGAUUGUUAACGAUUAAUAUUAUAUUAUAUAAUAUAUUAUUAUUAUAAUAAUAAUUUAGUAAAAAUAUUUCUUGCUUUACAUUUCUUAUCAGCGACGGUGUUAUUAUUAUUUUCGUACGGCGAUAAUAAAUCUUCGAUCCAAUCGAUCGACAACUUUUGUGCUCUCGACCACUUUUGUCGUCGUCGUCGUCGGUGCCUGUGCGACGUGUUACACGUGUGUGUGUGUGUAUAUAUGUGCGAUCGCCAGUGAUUAAAUUAAAAAUCAGAAGCAAAAAUUAAAAUUAAAAAAAAAUUUUUUGUGCGUUUUCGGUUUUAGCUUUUUUUUUUUUUUUUAAUCUUUUUUUUGGUGCUUUUUAUCAAAUCGGGGUUUUGUUUUUUUGAGUUGGCGAUGGUCACAUGACACCGCGAAUGGUCUGAACGAUGAUCGGCAGGUGGUUUGCCGGGUUCGUGGUGUUUGUUGGUUACUUGUGCCUGGGAGCGUUUGUUUUCUACCGGAUCGAACGCAGGGAAGAAGAAAAACGACAUGUCUUGGAGCGAAUGGAACAGCUCGAACUCAAAGACCUCCUUGCAAGACACUAUAGCCAAGUCGACGCUCACAUACAGAAACAGUUCAUAAAACAGUUGAACGCGUUUUGCAACAGAACCGUCUUGGAAGAAGUCCCGGAUGAAGUACAUCAAUACCAAUGGACGUAUUACAACGCUUUCUUCUUCGCUCUCACCACGCUGAGUACAAUCGGUUACGGAAAUCUUCAUCCGACAUCAUGUACCGGACGCAUACUCGUGUUGGUAUACUCGCUGAUAGGAAUACCUCUCAACGGUAUUGUUUUGACUCAACUGGGAAGCUUUUUCGAAUCCAGAAUCCUUCGAGCUCACUACAGUUACAAAACCCAGAGAAUGAUGGGCCCUCAGCUGAGUCUAAUCGUCGACAUAAUUACUUACCUGAUACCAGGUAUAAUCGUGUUCAUUUUGGUUCCUUCGGCCGUCAUAGCCUAUUUCGAAAAGUGGACGUUCGACGAGAGCGUUUACUUUGCCUUCGUCACUUUGACCACAAUUGGAUACGGAGACUUCGUUGCUGGACAGACCGUCAACACCAACAUAUGGUACAACGCGUACAAAGUGUUCCUGGUGUUCUGGAUCAUGUUCGGUCUGGGAUAUCUGUUCAUGAUACUCAGUUUCAUAUCCAGAGCGAUGAGGUCCAAAACGCUGGAGCACCUGUUCCUGGAACGUCUCAAACACACCCACUCCAGAAUUUGGAACCAAUUCACCAAAGACGUGGUCUACAUCAGACGAGUACUCAACGAGUCUUAUUUGUUAAAAUUUAAGCCUGUAUACAAGAAGGAAGUGACGAUGAACGGGCAGCCGUUAAGGAGGAGCAGGAGUGCACCCAACCUGACGGAAUGGCCCGUGCUGAGAAAGUUGACGGUGCCGGUGGCCAAUCGGACUUCGGACGAAGAAGACGAGGAGACCGUCCGGAAGCGGUUCGAGAAGCACAGGAUGAAGCGUCGGCGGGCUUUGUCGCAGAACAAGAUGCGAUCGCUGAUCAGACGGGUAAAGGCCACAUCCGAAAUCGAUCUUGCCCACAUUGACAAGGAAGCCACGUUCGGCGCCGACAUAGCCUCCUACGAGCUCCUGUCCAGAGUGGUUGACGCCCUCGAAACGGCCGUGCCCAACAAAGCCGACGUACAAGACCACCACACGGCGAAGAAAAAAUCCAUGUCAAUUUCGGAAGGCAUUCAAGGUUUUUCGUCCGAUGAAAUAUUGGCUACAGAAAAGAACGAGUGGACAGUUGGCGGCGAAAUGCUAAACAGGGAGAACACGUUUACGGGCAAGAAUUCACGACAUUCAUACUUUGAGUACGACACGUGGGCCGGAGCCGACAACCGAAGUUACAAAAAAUUCAACUGUUAUCCAAUGAGUGGCGUACCCAAAGCCAGUGGCGGCAUCGGCAGUGGCGGCGGCGGAGGCGGCACCCAAAAGCCCCGUAUACCUCGGUUGAGACGCAUGUCGGCGGCGGCGUUCAACUUUUUGUCGCACAACAUCGCGCCCAGGUGGCUGACGGACAGGCUGAGCGACAACCGGGCCAGCGAACGGUAUGGCAACCAUCAAGCGGCCACCGCCAAGAAGGACAAACGCGAGUUGACCGACCCCAAACACCGCCUGUCGCUCAACGAUGACAACAAUUGCUAUUAUGGGUCGACGUUCAACGGCGGCGUGGACUACAGGCCCUUCGUGCCGCCAAUCAACGACUCGGCCACCGUGUCUGCAUCAGCCGCGCCGGUACCGCCGCGGUAUCGCCGGCAGUCUAGUCCCGACCCCGUGCUCACGCAAUGCGCCAACACGAUAGCGGUGGCCGACUUCCUGUACACCUUGCAGCGUUCGCUGGACAAGUCGUCCACGCUGUUCCCCAACCUGAAGCCGGCCAUGCACGAGCGGCGGUCUCCGUUGUUUACGCUGUUCCAAGACAGAAGGACAUCGUCGUCCGGCGAUUCCUGGCAGUAUUCCUCGUUGGCGUCAACGGCGUCGUCCAACCAGUGGACGGAUAUUACGGUCGCAGCGCCGUCCAACACCGAAUCAUUAGACGUGCAGACGCCGGAGACGAAAAAGGCGGACGCGGUCGAUUUGCAAGAACUGGCCAAACCCAAGAAGAAACGAAUCAGACGGUUUUCGAUCAGGCCCACGAUGACGUCGACAGAACCACCGGUCGAUCCGAAUCCGAUCAGGAACAAAGACGUCCGUUUGAAUAUCGAAGACUGAGCAAGACGACGAGGCGACAACAAAAAAAUUCGUUUUGUUGUGUAUAAUUUAUUUUUUCAUUUUUAUGUACUACCCUUCGAUAUAUCCGAAAAUACUGUCUGAACUUACUGGAUUUUCCGUCGGGUAAAGCUAUCGACGGUGCCAUUUAGAGAGAGAAAAAAAUGUAUACGAAACGCUUAUUACCAAUACUUCUCGUACGUCUGCAAUAUUAUUUUAGCCUUCUUGAAUAAUUUACUUUUUACAGCCGUUAUCGCGACAAUAUUUAUAAUAUUAUUAUGUAUUGCAAAUACGGAUAGACACGUCUCUGCGUGUGUACGUGUGUGUGUUUCAGUUGACUGUACUAUGUACAUAUUAUGUAUGUCUAAGUUUUUAAGCAACGCACGUUACGGAGAACCGGAAUAAAAAAAAUAAUAAAUACAAUGAAAAUCAUCAUGUUUUAUUGCAA